AUGUCCAGCCUUGCAGAAGAACUCCUGCUCCAGACAAUAUUUAGAGGGAACAUUUCGGGAUUUGAAUUUGAAAGUAAUUCUAUAACAGAGGAAUUUACAAAGGACUGUGCCUAUCUACUGCAUAAAACAGCGGAAAUGUAUUUCCAUGCUGUGUCACAAUACGUUCUUGGCAAAUCGAAAGUAGCGCCUUCCCACGGACAUACCAUUCCAAGACUAGAACUAUGCGCGGCUGUUCUGGCUACUGAACUCGGUUUAUUUAUAUCCGAACACGUCGAUGUUGUGUUUGACGCCACCUACUACUAUACCGACAGUCAGGUAGUACUAGGGUAUAUAUUUAACGACACGCGCCGUUUCUUCGUUUAUGUUGCUAAUCGGAUUGACAAGAUUCUGAAGUUAUCUUCCAAACAGCAGUGGAGUUUCGUUUCUAGUGAAUGUAACCCUACCGAUAGUGCGACUAGGCCAAUGCGUGCGAAAGACGUUGGAAAGUCAGUGUGGUUGAAUGGACCCGUUGACGUCAUGAGUGAUUUGCAAAGUUCGUAUAGAGACCAAGUAUUUCCGUUGAUCGGUAACGACGACGGUGAAAUAACGUUCGUCAACGAAACAAAUGUCAUGAAAACUCACGUUCGGAAGGACUUCGCUCUCGAUUCUGACCGUUUCGCGAGAUUUUCGUCAUGGACUAGGUUGGUUAGUGCAAUAACCUUACUGAAACAAGUCGCGCAUCGUCAUCACAACGGAACAGACAAUCCAGACGUGUUGCGUUUUGCUAACGAUUCAAAGAACCUCAUACUGAAGGUUGUUCAACAAGAGUUUUAUUCGAUGGAAAUCGACUGUUUGCAGAAAGGACUGCCGUUAAACAGGAACAAUUCUUUGUUGAAAUUGUCGCCGUUUCUAGACGACGAGGGGCUCCUGAGGAUUGGUGGUCGGAUUCAGAAUAGUGACAUUGACUUACCUGGAAAGGAUCCGAUCAUUGUCCCAGCAAAACAUCAUGUGGCUACUCUAAUCGUGAGACAUUAUCACGAGAAAUCGGAACACCAAGGCCGACAUAUUACGGAGGGUAAAAUACGUUCUUCUGGUUAUUGGCUAGUGGGAGGAAAGCGAUUAAUUUCCUCUAUUUUACAUCACUGUGUCGUGUGCAGGAAACUCCGAGGAAAGAUUGUGGAACAAAAAAUGUGUACUUUACCGCAGGAUCGUUUGACACCAUGUCCGCCUUUCACUUACAUUGGAUUGGAUGCGUUUGGACCAUGGAAUGUGCGCGCGAGAAAAACUAGGGGAGGACAAGCUAACGCAAAACGUUGGGCUAUAAUAUUCUGUUGCAUGGUAUCGAGAGGGAUACAUAUUGAGGUCGUAGAGGAGAUGAGCACAUCUUUCUUCAUUAACGCACUGCGGAGAUUCAUCGCGAUCAGAGGACCGGUAAAGCACAUUAGGUCGGACAAAGGAUCUAACUUCGUAGGAGCCGUUAAGGAACUUAACUUGAAUGUUAUUGACGUCGAGGACAAAUCCGUGAAAGACUUUCUUUCAGAGGAAAGCAUCACAUGGACUUUUAAUCCUCCAUAUGCCUCCCACAUGGGCGGAUCUUGGGAACGGCUUAUUGGUACCGUUAGAAGGAUUCUGGACAACAUGUUGCGUAAUACUGACACUAAACACCUCACGCAUGAAGUGCUUACGACUUUUCUAGCCGAAGCGUGUGCUAUACUGAACCAGCGACCACUGGUACCCGUAUCUGACGACCCUGAAAACCCAGUGGUAUUGUGGCCAAGUACUCUCAUUACGCAAAAGACUGACGUUCCAAAUGUAGAUCUAACCUUGGUAGACUUCUCAGUGAAAGACAUGUUUCGAUCCCAAUGGCGAUGUGUUCAGGUAUUGGCCCAGAAAUUUUGGAACGCGUGGAGAAGAGACUAUCUACAAUCGCUACGAACGCGACAAAAGUGGAAUCACGAACGUUCAAACUUGAAACAAGGUGACAUUGUUUUGCUGAAGGAUCAUGACUCUCAUCGUAAUGACUGGCCAAUGGGAAUUGUUGAAUGCGUUUUCCCUAGUCACGAUGGUCUUGUUCGUAAAGUCAGAGUUAAGACAAUUCGUAAUGGACGAUCGGUUUCGUAUAUCCGUCCUAUUACUCAGUUAGUACUAUUGAUGGCAGAGUGA